AUGUCCUCCGACACAACUUCAACAUCCCUACCGCCUGAGAAGCUCGUCUCGCAACUCCUAUCUACGAUAGAGGAAAGGAUCAUACCUCUGACGCAGAAAGGCGUCUCGAGCGGCUCUAAGCUCUUCGGCGCCGCUAUUUUGGCUCGUAAAGACCUUGCACCAUACACCCUUGCCACAAACAACGAACGCAUAUCACCUCUCCUACAUGGCGAGAUAAACUGCAUCCAACAGUUCUGCACUGUCGAUUUCCCUGAUCCGUCAACACGACCUCAUCCGGCCAAAGACUGCAUCUUCCUCGCUACCCACGAGCCUUGUUCUCUCUGUUUGAGCGGUAUUACUUGGGCAGGUUUCAACGAGUUUUACUAUUUGUUCACGUAUGAGGAUAGUCGGGAUCUGUUUGGGAUCCCGUAUGACAUCGACAUCCUGCAAGAGGUGUUUAGGGUGCAGGGGGAAGGCGAAAAUGAGAAGCAGGUACAGAGCAGACAACUGUACAAUCGCAAGAACAAGUUCUUUACCGCGAAGAGCUUUGCUGACGUCGUCGGAGAGAUUCAUGAUCGAAGCGAGAGGGAGAGGCUAUUAGGCGAGAUUGAGAGGGUCAAAGGUUUGUAUAACAGUCUAAGUGAGACAUAUCAAAAGGGCAAAGAAGCGGGUGCAGAAAGCUCAAGUGUAUGGAGGUAG